ACUUUAAUUCGUGCGUGACGUUGCGUUGGUCGAUGGGAUUAGCACGUUGUUGAUAUUACGUAGCAUAUUUGUAGCUACAAUUAGCUUCAGUUUACUGUAUUUCUAAAGUGUAAAUACAUUUUAUUAUAGCAAUUUUCAAAUAUUUUAUAAAAUAAUCUUACCAAAAUGCUGUAUCUGGAGGAUUAUUUGGAAAUGAUUGAACAUUUACCUCAAGAGUUAAGAGACAGAUUUACGGAAAUGCGAGAAAUGGAUUUAUCAGUUCAAAAUAAUAUGGAUACUUUAGAGAAAAGAGUACGAACAUUGUUUGGUGGGUGCCGACGUGGAGAAAUUGGUACUGAGCAAGCAAAUACAGAAUUUGCUGAUAUAAGACAAGGUUACAACAAGACAUUAGAGGAGGCUGAUGAAAAGGUAGCUCUUGCUAAUCAGAUGCGAGAAUUGGUCGACCGAUAUUUACGUAGACUAGACACAGAACUACAUAAAUUUAAAUGUGAGCUGGAGGCUGACAACAAGGGAAUAACUGAAUUGUUAGAGAAGAGGUCUCUAGAACUGGAUGUCAAUACUAAUCAUACAAGCACUUCAAACAAUAAUCACUAUAAAGAGAACAGAUACCGCAUUCGCACUGAAAAACGGAGAGACAGUUGGGCCACUAGGGACAGUCGUUCUCACAACAACAGUACUACAAACCUAUCUAGAACUGAUUCUGCUAUUCAGGCUGCUUUGGGUCGUGAUUCUUACAGUCUUGGUCACGCAGGCAGCGCCAUUGCUGCAGCCGCUAGUCAAGCCAUUGCAGCUACUCAGCAGAUGCAGCAAGGGCGGCGCACUGCCUCCCUGAAGGCGUCGUACGAGGCGGUGGCGGGCGGCGAGCUGGCACAGCACGCGCUGCACGCGCCGCACGCGCACCACGCCCACCCACACGGUCACGCCCUGUCUUCUGGGCACACACAGACUACAACCAUUCAUGGACAUCACACUACCUCACACGGCCACAACAAUUCUUCAUCAUCCAACAAACGACAGAAACAAAAGAAGACAAAUUACAGCUCCUCGUCUGCAGUUUCAGCUCAACAACAAACUGCAGCGGCCGCUAGUCGUUCAUCUUCACCUACUGUUGUUGGCAAUAUGGUGAGCAAUGUUGCAAUCGAAGAACCAAUGGAAGAGGAAUGGACUUACGACCCUAACGAGCCUCGAUAUUGUAUUUGCAACCAGGUUUCCUACGGAGAUAUGGUUGCUUGUGAUAAUCAAGACUGUCCAUACGAAUGGUUCCACUACCCGUGCGUGGGUAUAACCGCCCCACCGAAAGGAAAAUGGUACUGCCCUCAGUGCCAAAGCAGUCGUCGCAAUCGCGCGCAUCGCAAAAACUAAAUUGUAUUGGGCUCAAUUCUGUAUUGCAUCAGUUGUCUAAAAUUUAUUUAUCUCCCAUUUUUUUGAGAUAAGGUAGGGUAUGUUUUAAGAAGUAUAGUAACCAAAGUGAGAACUGCCCGUAGAUUUACUAAUGGAUACAAGUUCUUUGUCUUUGUCAGUUCAGCAAAACAUAAAAAUCAAGUCAGUUGUUUGCAUUAGUAUUGAUAGGGUUCGUUUAUGUUCGCCUAAUUAAAAUGUUUAGUAAUAAUAAUGCUCAAACCAUUCUUGGCAACCGUUAGUUAGACGAAAUGAUAUGUAUAAGCGACUAUAUCAUCAUUAUUAUAAGUGGAGCUUUCAUAUUUUUAAUUACAGACAGAAUCGAGUCCUCGGUCUAUUGGUUUGAAUGAUUAGUAAACCAAAAUUGAUUGUUAAACUAAUUAGGUAGAUACUUAUACUCAAUGCAAAAUAAAAUAUAUUUGGUUUUAUUGAUA